GCGAGAGCCUUGCAUAGAAUUUCAGCGCGUUUCUGUCGCUGAAGGAAGAAGUAGAGAUUCAUCGACGGAAGGCGAGCGGAGGAGGAGCCGCCGCUUGUUUCGGGCCUUGGGACGGAGGUGGCUGAAGCGGGUACCCGGGCAAAAGCUUUGGUAUGAGGAGGAGGCGGCGGCGGCGGCGGAGGUGGCUGCUGUGAGGGCGAAAGGAAGAAGAGCGGAGCCGGAGGAGAAGGGAGGAGAGCCGAGCGACGGUCGCGCCUCUCCCAGCCCAGCCGCCCCGAACGCCAAAAUGGAUGAACAGGAGGCUUUGAAUUCUAUCAUGAAGGACUUGGUUGCCCUCCAAAUGAGCCGACGUCCUAGAUUGUCUGGUUUUGACAGCAUGAAGAACAAAGAUUCCCCACAUUCCAAUAGACAGAAAAAACACAGUGCCAGCAACCCAGGUCUCCUAAACAACCUUAUGAUAAGAAAACAAAAUAGUCUUGCAGUAGAGGAAAAAAAGACACAGAGUGACAUCAGGAUAAAGUUUGAACAUAAUGGGGAAAGACGAAUUAUCCCCUUUACCCGGCCUGUCCGCUAUGAAGAUGUUCAGCAGAAAGUGAAAACAGCUUUUGGGCAGCCCCUGGAUCUCUACUACAUGAAUAAUGAGUUAUCUAUUCCUUUGAAAAAUCAAGAUGACCUUGAUAAGGCAGUAGAUCUGUUAGAUCGAAGCUCAAAUGUGAAAAGCCUUAGAAUAUUACUGCUGUCUCAGGAUAAAAAUCAUAUUAGUCUCUCAUCCCAUUCAGGGAUGCCAAAGCAAGUAAGAAUCAAAACUUCCCAAUCUAUGGGAGAUGUAAACACUACUUACCAGCCACUUGAAACCCGAAGCAGACACCUGUCCAUAAGCGCUCAGAAUACAGGUCGAAGUUCACCCCCACCAGGAUAUGUCCCAGAGAGACAGCAGCGAAUUGCUCGCCAGGGGUCCUAUACCAGCAUAAACAGUGAAGGAGAAUUUAUACCAGAAACUAAUGAACAAAACAUGUUGGAUCCCUUAAGCAGUGCUGAAAAUUCCCUAUCUGGUAGUUGUCAGUCCUUGAGCCAGUCAGGAGAAAGCUUUUCAUUCCGAAAAUCCUGCAUGUCCAGAGCCCAGAGCUUUCCAGAUAAUAGGCAAGAUUUCUCAGAUCGUGAGAAUCAAAUAUUUGAUAAAGCUGAGAAAGGUGGGACUUACCCUCGUCGUUACCAUGUCUCUAUGCAGUACAAAGAUUACAAUGAUGGCCGGAGGACAUUUCCUCGCAUUCGGCGCCAACAAGGCAACCUCUUCACACUGGUACCAUCAAGCCGUUCCUUAAGCACAAAUGGGGAGAACCUUGGUCUGACGGUGCAGUAUCUAGACACCUGUGGACAUAUGUGGAGUGCUGAAAGCGAGAAUGCUCUCACUGUGCAGGAGAGAAACAUCCCAACUAAAUCUCCAAGCGCUCCAGUCAACUGGCGACGAGGGAAGCUCCUAGGACAAGGUGCCUUUGGUCGGGUAUACUUGUGCUAUGAUGUAGAUACAGGCAGAGAACUUGCAGCUAAACAGGUCCAGUUUGACCCAGACAGUCCUGAAACAAGCAAGGAAGUGAGUGCAUUGGAAUGUGAGAUUCAGCUACUGAAGAACCUUCAGCACGAGCGGAUUGUUCAGUAUUAUGGAUGUUUAAGAGACCGAGCAGAAAAGACCCUGAGCAUUUUCAUGGAGUACAUGCCAGGGGGUUCUGUCAAGGAUCAGCUGAAAGCCUAUGGUGCACUAACGGAAAAUGUUACUCGAAAAUACACUCGGCAGAUUCUUGAAGGAGUCUGUUAUCUUCACAGCAACAUGAUUGUACACAGAGAUAUUAAAGGAGCCAAUAUUCUCAGAGAUUCUGUGGGCAACGUGAAGCUUGGAGAUUUUGGGGCUAGCAAGCGGCUGCAGACAAUCUGCAUGUCUGGGACUGGUAUCCGCUCUGUCACGGGAACUCCUUAUUGGAUGAGUCCAGAAGUGAUCAGUGGAGAGGGCUAUGGAAGAAAAGCUGACAUCUGGAGCCUUGCCUGUACUGUUGUGGAAAUGUUAACAGAGAAACCACCCUGGGCAGAAUAUGAAGCUAUGGCAGCCAUUUUCAAGAUUGCUACACAACCUACUAACCCCCAGCUUCCUUCUCAUAUAUCAGAACCUUGCCGGGCCUUCUUAAGACAGAUCUUUGUGGAAGCCAGGAAGAGACCUUCAGCCGAAGAGCUGCUCCAGCAUCAUUUUGCCCAACUCUCCUACUGAAUUAUCAUCUUUGGAAUAGCAUUCCAUUUUUAGAUGAUACCGUUGUCUGAAGUGUUGUAGUCUAUAUCAGAGAAUCCAUUCCAGAAUGCUGCCAGAUAAACAUUCUGUUUGCCUAGUAAGAUAAUGUGCAGGGGCAAUGCAAAAGUCAGCCAAUUUCAUUUUGGUAUCUUCAUUUUGAGGGAUUGAGGCUUUCCUCUGUCACUACCCAUGUGCUGACAUGGUAUUUGGCAUGUGGCUAGGAACAAUCUCAAAUGCUUCAUUUGAAUAUAGAUCUAUCUCUCAAACUUGUGAAAAUGAAAAAGGAGGAAAUGGACUCUGAGAACUGCUAACUACUACAAAAAUGUGUAUUGGGCUCUUAUUAUCACUCUGUUUUACAGCUUUUCAGGUUGCAGGGUGUUAUUUCUACUUCUCUUUAACCUACAAUGUUCCUGGGUGAUGAGAAUGGAGGAGGGGAUUCCCAUGGAUCAAAAGUACAAUGGAAUCUAGUUGGAAUAAAGGUUCCCUGUAUGAUAUAAGGAAACCGAGUUCCAUUCUGGCAGGGCUGUCUAAAGGUGUAAUGCAGAACUAUGUGUUCUGUGUCUAUGCGGUAAUCACGGGCUAACACAAUUUUUGUCUAGCAAAAAAAAUCAGUAUUGUGCAGCUCGACACUUAACUUCUGUUUUUUUAAAAGCACUGUCUAGUCUUUAUGACAUCAGAGAAAUUAGGAAUUCCUAUGGGAGAUAUUAAGAAUUUGUAGAAAUUAAAGGAAGCUGAGCAAAGCAUAGUGCUCCUUCUAUGAAUAUCAAAAGUCAGAAAAUAAAAUGAGGAAUAUACAUGGAAUUUUACAUUAUUUGCAGAAUUUAUCCAGAUUAUAGAAUGUGCCAUUUUAUGGACUGUGUUGCACAGGAUAUCAUGCAAUGAAUAAAUUGUGGCAAGAGGACUAUUGUGAGAAAGCAUGGUAUUAAUGUGCUGCCUUUAGAUUGUUGUUAGUUGAUAAGAUAACAAAUUCCCUUCUGUAGUGUUAUACAGAGUUAGGAUAUUAUGCUACAGUUAAAAUUGAUAUGAAAAUAUCUUAAUCACUUUGAGAAAUUCAGUCUCAUAUACCUCCAUUGGUAGCUUUGUCCAUCCAAAUCCCUUUCACAGGAUAAUCUCCCCCCCUCAAAUUUCUAACCAAAGAUUAUUUCAUUGUUGCCAAGAUUAUUCUUCAAAGAGAGGCAAAAUAUCACUGCUGAGCCUAACAGGAUUGUUCAUACUGAACAGAACUACCUUUUCCAGGUGCUUGUAAUGGAAAAAUUGGGGCAUGGAGAAGUGAUACUGCUCAUCUGUCUUUAUUCAUUCUGGGUUUUCUGUAUGCUUUUUUGAUCUUUAAAAGAAUAGCUUCUAAGGUUUGAGACCAUGUUUUCCCACAGUUCUGCAGAGCUGCAGUUUGUUAAUCUGGAUUUUUCCAGAAUUCUGAUUUUUUUUUUCCUAAGAAACUUCAUUUUUUCAAGAGGCACUUCUAUCAGAUUUAGUUGAGUACAAUCAGAGAGCUAACUUCUUGAUCUCACAAAUGUUUGGUUGCCAACAGCAUACCUUUAUUAUAUAAAAUGUUGGAUUAGAACCAGAUACACUCAGACAGGACCUCUAUGAGAUCUAUGAGUAUCUCCGUUAUCCAUUAUGUAGCAAAUCAUGUACACUCAAGGAGCGUUAGGACAGAUGAAGGAUGUGACCCUUACUGCUUUGCAAACAGCAUUCUGCCAGUUGUGACACUUCAGGUGUUUACUGUUAACCUUGCAAAGAUAUAUUCAUCUACCCUUGCUCUAGCCACCAACUUGUCAAGUGUUUGUGUCAAUGCAAAACUGAGAUUCAGUCUCAUCUGUCACUUUAUACAAAGUUGCCUGUGGUUGCUUGUAACAAUAUUGCAGUCUACCUACCUAGCCUCAGAUGUUAAGGAAAGCAAGUGGGGGAGCCAUGCUUUCAGUAGCACUUCUUUUAAAGCAGAAUGCAAUUAAUAUGCAGAUAAAAGCAGUUCUUUUCUGCUGUUUCCAGCCUUGUAGCUGUGGCAAAGGCCAGACCAACUAUCUUGAUGUGCUCAAGUUUUCUGUCAUAUUUACUAAAGAAUGUCUAUGGCUUUGUAACAAAUAAAGUUAUAUAAAGUGUCUGUAAGGAUGUAAAAAUGCUACCAUGAUUUCCUUUUUUUACUUCAUUUGCCAACAUAUCUAUAGGUCUGGUUUGUUGCCUUAAAAACACAUAUAUUCUUUUUCAAGAUAACAAUGUUGAGUUACAGUAUUUCCUUUGAUUUUAGCUAAAUAUCAGCAACAAGUUGAUCCCUCAUUUGUCUUUGAGAAUAUGAUAUGUUGCCUUGGCUCCUCAAUGGAUGGAUAAGCAUAAGAAAUAAGCCAAAGUGUUAUUCAUAUGGUCAGCAGUGCACUUUUAUAAAUAUAUUUAUAUCACUUUCUUAUUAAGCAUUUUACUUCAUGUAAAGAAAUUAUGAUGUCUCAUACUUUUUAUUUAUGCCAUACUUGUUUAUGUUUAUGUGUACAGCAAUUAUUAUGGAAUGGGGUGGGAGAAAUUGACAUCUUUGUGAAUUUUUAAAAAGGGGAAAGAAGCAGCUGGUUUUGCAAAGAUUUUGAUUACUGUUUAUUACAAGAUGUAUCAGGUCAAAAUACCUUUUUGUUUCCUUGCUAAUUUUGGGGGGGGGAGAAAAGUAAGUGUAAUAGAAUAGAAAUGGCAAUUUGGAAUAAUAGAAAGCCACGAAUUAUAUAUAUUAGAAAUCAUCAGUCUCAUAUGUUCCUGUUGAUAUAACACACAGUCUUCAUUGAGCUUAUUGCCAUUUCUCCACAAAACAACUACACUGUUUUGCAACAGUGAGGUUGUGCAGUUCCAGUGUAAUCUCAUUUUAAAAUAGAUUUCACUAGUUGGUCUCACAACUUUUGUAUAUCUAUUUCUGUGGUAUUUAAGCCUCUUUUUUUAAAACAAACAAGAACUGGCUUAUUAUAUGCUGUGUUUACUUGCAGUAGAAUGGUAUGUAUGCAUGCAUGUAUGUAUGUAUAGUGUGAAUAGCAUACAGAUAAUCUGAAAAAGAAGGCUAUGAUGUGGGAAACAGUCUUUGCAAUAUCUGAAUUGCUAACAUUGAUAUACUGCUACUCAGUGCAAUAAAUUUGUCCCUGAAAUUUCAUCUGGAUAAUAUUCACUGGAGUUCUACAACAUCAAAUAAUUCAGGAGUGCUUACUUCUAGGUAAAUGCAUAAAGAAUUAUAGCCUUAAAAAUGUCCCUUUUCUUUUGUAAUUUGUCUUUUAUGCCAACUAUUUCCAGAUUUUCAUUAUUUUUGCUUUAUAAAAGCCCCCCUUAGGAAUUUCUCUUGUGAACGCUUUAUGGUCUCCUGAGGAAUUCAUCUUGCAGAUUUGCUUUUGGAAGGUUUCUGAUUCUCAUCAGUGCAAAUGAGAGACAGAGAAAUGAUAUUUUGCUAAUUCUUUCACAGAACUGUAAUUAUAAGCAAGGAAACAAAGAUGGAUUUAGGCUUGGUACGACGAUUCUGUAUACUCCAGCUUCACCAGCCACUUUUCUGCUAAACAGCAUACAUUUAAAAUACCUAUUGUAUAGAAGCUAUUGACUUCAGACAACAUGUAUCUUAUUACCUUUCCUGAAUUGCCUCCUUAUAUGUGGGCUAAUUUAAUAUAUGAUUUGGAAGUUUGACAAAUAGCAAAAAAUAUAGAUUGUCUUGUUUGGUGAUACAUUUCUGCAAGAUUUCACAGCUAAUCUGAGAUCCUCUUCAUAUCAGACCUUUGAAUUUAUACCUUUGAAUGUGAUAGUAUGUCUGACUUUAAAUUUACCCAAGAAAUUAUUGAGAUUGGGUAAUUAAGUAUGCAGCCUUCUGUAUAUUUUACACUGCCAGUGCUAGAACAUUUUUUUUAAUUUAAUUAAACUCAAACAGAGAGCUUUGUAGAACAUUCUGUGAUUUAUCAUUUGGACCUGGAGUAUACAGAAGACCUUGAAGUACUUGUCUGUUUCUAAUUUUUAUGAAUUUCUAUAAUGACUGAGGCUUGCAGUGCAAAGCCAGGCAAAUGUGUAACUUUUAUUUACAAUAAAAUAUAAUUUUCAGCUA